AUGGACGAUCCAGAUGUAGCAUGGCCUGCCUGGAAAUUCGGCAUGAAGAGGGAUGACCUCUUUACCAACCUCCACCAACAAUACAACACCUUUACCUUCAACCUCCAAGAUCCCGAAGCCUUCCAUCAUGACGUUUACGAAAUUUCCCACGAUGCCGAUACCGUCGACGAGUUCCACCGCUUGAUGGCUGAGCGAAAACAACAACGGCUCUGCGAGUUACACGAAUCCCUCGAGUCUCUCGCCGUUGAGAUCAUCGCCAACCCCAAGUUGAUGGACUCUGAGCAUUGGCAGCAUGCUCUUCAACUUUUCCGCACCAAAUCUUUUGACUCGAUCGUCCGUUAUUUUGCAAGCUACCUCCCCGCUAACUACGUUGAUCGUAACGAACGCGAUCACGAUACUAUUUCUAUUGCUUCAUCCUCUUAUUCCGAAGCCAACAGCGUCAAGACAGACAGCACUACGGCCAGCAGCGUCGACGGUGUUUCAAGUUUCUUUGACGAUGAGCCUGUCAUGAAGAAGAAGUCCCCCCUGUCUAUUCACACAGACAUGCGGUCAUCUUCCAUCGUGCAGGCGCCUCCUUCGCCGCCCCACUCUGUGGUUGCGCACUCAGAUGAGUCUUCUGCUUCGUCUCCUAUGGAGUCGCACCGAUACUCCUCUAACCCCCCUUCUCGUUCCAUGUCGUUUUCUGGGUCCGUGUCAGGGCCUUUUCUUCCUGACUUGCCCCGAUUACUCGUUCACGACGACGAUGAGACCUCACAGUCCGAUGAUAAUGACGAGGCCGUCAUUUCGGAUUCGGAUUGUGCAGAGAGCCAGUCGUCACUGGACACCAUGGAUGAAGGGGAGCAACCUCAAGAGUAUGAGGACGAUCUCGAAGACGAGGACGAAUUUCCUACCGCUCAAUUUCCUGAAGAUGCUAGCGACGCUUUCGAUUUCUGUAACGAUACCCCGGAGUCCGAUAACACACCAACUCCUCGACAGGAGACUACCGCGUCCUGCUAUGUUGAGUACAAAUCCGUUGCGGCCUGGAGAAUCCCGUCUCCUCGUCGUUCAACCUCCCCUUCGCCAAAAACCCAUGCCUACCGCCGAGAAAGCUCAGUCCUGAUGGACAUACGCCGGAGCCCCGAAGAAUCACUAAGUAAGAUUCAAAAAACUAUGCACGAUAGUCAAAGGAAACGGCCGGUGAUUUGGAGAAGGCUGGAUUAG